AUGCCAACCAAGUUGGCCGACGAGCCUUUGGUGUGGAAGGUAUGCUGUAUUGCGGCUUUAGGGUAUGUGCACGCCCAGCCUCAUGUUGUUGGUCUGACUGCUAACGAAAAGGCUCUUCAAGAUACUUCAAACCAGAAUAUCUACCUGGUAUUGGAACAUUUCAGGACGGAGGAAUUCAAGCAAACUGCCCCUUGA